AUGAUACCUAUAGAGAUACCGCCAUCAGAUAACACACAUACCAAUGCUCAGGAAGAUAUUGAAAAUGGGAUUACAACGUUAAGCGCAACGGUAACGAAUUUACCUCCACACAAUGAUGCCGGAACGGCGCUUACAGCCAUUAAUGAUCUUAAAUUUUUUUUAGCAACUGCACCUGUGAAUUGGCAAGAAAACCAAAUGAUAAGGAGAUAUUUCCUAAAUAAUGAACUAGGAUUUGUAUCAUGCAUAUGUUGGAACAAACUAUUCUACAUAACGGGGACUGAUAUUGUCAAAGUCUGUCAAUAUAUGAUGCAGAAUUUUGGUAGAGCCAUACUUCAUAAGAAAAAAUUCGAAGAAGGUAUAUUUUCUGACCUAAGAAAUUUAAAAUGUGGAGUUGAUGCUAUAUUGGAACAACCUAAAUCUGAAUUUUUAUCCUUUUUGUUUAAAAAUAUGUGUUUAAAGACUCAAAAGAAACAAAAAGUUUUCUUUUGGUUUAGCGUUCCACACGAGAAACUAUUUUCAGAUGCUUUGGAAAGAGACCUGAAGAGGGAAACAUUAAACCAACAAUGCUGUACAAGGGCAGUUGGCCAACCGGCCAUAUCAUUCCAUUUCAAUUUUAGUUCGUCACAGCCUUUGUUUAAACAACUACAAAAAUUCUUUGAAGACAUUGAAGAAUUACUAGCAUCUGGUAAAACAUUACCUAAUCCUCCUGAAAACCAAAUACAAAUAAGAAACAAUAUUCCAAUGCAACAUCCAAUGGAUGAUCAAUACACAAACAAUGAAUUACAUUCCCACGUAAUUCAGUCAGAUGGGAUUCCUCAACAAAAUAUAAACGAUCAUCACUCCAGAAUUCCAACACCAAUACGAGAAUCAAAUAAGAAUAUCGAUGAUAAUGAGAUUGAGGAAAGAGUUUUGCCUUCUAACAAUAAUAUCACCCAUUCUAUGAUUACUAAUCCUAAUAAUAAACACAGCAGUGAUAUAAUUUAUGACAAUGACACUAAAAAUUCUCAAGCCGUAUAUGAAACUUCUACCAACCCAGACAUUAAAUCACAAAAAAUAGUUGUAGAAAAUAAAGAUUUACUUCAAAAUGAAGGUGAAGCACUACCAGAUACUUAUUCAAAUAAUAAAGGAAAUAAUUUCAUCCAAGAUGUAAGCAGUCACAAGGAUGAAGACUUUCCAUUGGAUUAUUUCCCAGUUUCAAUAGAGUACCCAAAUCAACAACCUAUUCAACAACAAGCACCCCAGAACGAAUACAAUUCUCCUUUACCAAAUUUGAUGUCUCCUAUUGCAAAUAUGACUGCUGCACCAAUUCUAUCUCAUGCUGGCUUUGAGAGUUUCGGUAGUAACAUGAAUUCAAAUGUGGGACCUAUUUUACAGGUGUCAAGUGGGGCUACCAUCAGCGAAGAGGAUUCUAUACCCAAUAAUCUCAAUGGGAGAUACCAAUUACAAGUUGCGCCUAACUCUAAUAUACAAACUGUACGGACUCCUGUCGUCAUGACAAACCGCGAUUUCUAUGAAAGUAACAAAAAAAAAUUACCGACUUCUCCUCGUCCAUCAUACCAAACACAUCAACAUCACACGUCAUUUACAUCAUUUGGAAAUCCUCAAAGAAUAGUAUCUGGUGAUCUUUCGUCGUAUGAGCAACAACAAAAUGAUAGCGGUGAUAGAUCAGCAUACGGAGAACCAUUACUGAAAGCUGUUGAUGAAGUUGAUAGUUCACAGGAUGAGAACCAUCUGUCUAGUGAUGAAAAUGAAGACGAUCAGGAUGAAAUUCAAUAUGAAGUACAGCAUCCUAAUCCACAAUAUGCAUCGGUACCACAGAGAGCUUCAAUGUCGCACACUACACAACCAAUGCCACCACCUCAAGGUGUCUAUGGUAAUCAAAUGUAUUCAGGCUUUUUCUAUCCACUACCUUACAAUUCAGCAUCACAAGAAUUUGUCAAUUAUGAACAACAACAAAACUAUUUCCCCGAGGACUAUUUACCUUACAAGGAUCAACAAGAUGGCCAUCCACAAUAUGGUUCAAUCCAUGAUUUCCAAGCUCAGCAAUAUGGUCAACCUGCAUACCCAUAUCAGACCCCUCAAAUAUCUACUACAAAUACAUCUUGGAACGUCUUACCUCCGGAAGCUUUACAACCUGCAACAAACCCAUCGAAUGUAUUACCAAAAUCUGCUCAGAGAUAUCAAUUUACUCCAAAUCGGAGCACAUCAGGUUCCAAUAUUAAUAUAACUAAUCAACCCAAUCGGGGGCAAAAUGCCUCACCACCACUUGGCUCAAGAGUAAGCUCUACAGUUAUUACUAAACUCCCUGGAAACAAUGGACCUUCUGUACAAGCCUUUACAUCUUCAUCUACAUCAUCUUCAAGACAAAAUCUAGGCAAUAAUACGAAUAACAAUACCAAUAAGGCCCAUGGACAUUCAAGAAGUUUAAGCAGUAAUAAAAUAUCCAAACCAUUGCAUACCAAAGCGAGCAAGUUUCAAAGUAAGUUGAAUAAUACAUUGGCACCAAAGUUAAACAUUGAGAGUGUCGAUGACUAUGAUAAUGAAGAUAUAUCAAACUAG